UGCUUCGUCCCAGCGCGAGGAACGUUGCUUGUCUCAGUCUGCGUGCGUUUAGAUCUCAGAUGAUGAAUGUUGAUCAGGACAGGCCAUUUGUGUGCGUUGCUCCUGGAUGCUCGCAACGCUUCCAAAGAGAAGAUCACCUAAUCAUCCACAGACACAAACAUGAGAUGACGCUUAAAUUCCCUUCUAUUAAGUGUGACAGUAUGCUUUCAGAUCAGACUCCAACACCAACCCGGUUCUUACGGGACUGUGAGGAAGUGGGCCUUUUUACUGAACUGGAGCUUAACCAGUCUCAGACGGAAGAGCAGACCAAACCGAACUUUUCUGCACAAACGUCAGGUCAGAGGCAGCCCCACACUGAAACACAACCUCAACAGGGUCAACAUCAUCAGUUUCAGCCUCAGCAACAGCAGUCGUGCGCACUGGCCCAUCUGAACCAGAACCAGCUCCAGACGCACAGCUCACAGUCUCAGCCUCAAUGCACUGCCACAUACUCCACUUCAAAUAAGCAAUCUGCACCCAGUUGUCUACACAGCAGACAGAUAAACACCGUAAAUUCAAACAUGAACAUGGAGUCACAGAUGUCAAUGAACUCCAGUGUUAUUGGCAUACCAGGCCCCGCCCACUCUGGCUCAUGCUCCUCCAUUCAGCGGUCAAAGGUCAUACCAGCCCACAGCCAACCUGCAGUUUCCAACGGCAGUCAGAAUCCUCUUUGCCACAUGAUGGAGAUGAUGCCAUCACAACCUCACCCAUUGUCGCAUUUGCAAUCUGCAUCUCAUCAUCACGCAUCAUACCAGCAGCACUGCCACAGCCAAUCACCACAAAGACUCGCACAUCAGCAUCAAAGUCAAGACCAAUCACAUCACAGCCACGCCCACCACUCCCCACCCUCGCACUUGCCUCUUGGCCCCUCUCAUCAGAACGCCCCUCCCCUUUCACAUCAGCCAAUACCUACACAGAUGUCCUCCACACCAAAACAAAGCCAUUGCCCACAGUCUCCUCCACAGCCGGCCACAGGCAGACGCCGACGGACAGCAGAAGACGACCCGGAUGAACGCAGGCGGAAGUUUCUGGAGAGAAACAGAGCUGCUGCUACACGGUGCAGACAGAAAAGAAAAGUCUGGGUGACGUCGUUGGAGAGGAAGGCUGAGGAACUUACACACACUAACUUACAGCUACAGAAUGAGGUGACAUCUCUCAGAACAGAAGUCACUCAACUGAAGCAAAUUCUUCUUACACAUAAAGACUGUCCUGUAUCUGUGAGACAGAGAGAGACGCAAAGUGGUAUAGGCAGCCCAACAGGUAGUCCUGUCCAUUCACAUGCCAUCCAACACAACAGCAUCUCAACAAGUUCAACUUUACCCCGUGCUCACCUCACCAUACACUCACACUCCACUAACAACACACAGCUAUAACAUGAUUCUCCAUAGACAGACAACACAACCCAUCUUCAAAGCCAUUUACUCAGGGCCCAAAGAGCCAUACAGAUACCCAUCAGUGCAGAAGCAAAAAUGAACAGCAAUAUGUUUGAUCCAGACUUUCAAACUUGGGUUAAUGACUAAAAUGGAAUGUAUGCAACACAUACAGUUUUAGGUAAAAUUUUUAUUGUGAAAUUUUAUAUCUUUUUCAGAUAUUUUCCAAGGUCUCUUCAAUAUAGGGAAGUUAUUUAUAAGAGUUUUAAUCAUUUAUUUAUAAUAACAAAUUAUUUUAUCUUUGCCAUGGUAACAGUACAUAAUACUUUACUAAUUAUUUUGCAAGAUAUUAGUAUUCAGAUUAAAGUACUAUUGAAGGGCUUAAUAGGUUUAACCAGGCAAGUUAGGCUAAUUAGGCAAGUUAUUGGAAAACAGUGGUUUGCUCUGUAGGCAAUUGAAAAGGUCAUUUUUAAGGGGGCUAUUAAUAUUGACAUGAAAAUUUUAUUUAUAUAUAAUAAACAAUAUAAUAGGAAUAUAUUUUCUUUGCUCUGUUAAACAUCACUUUGGAAAUAUUUGAAAAAGAAUAAAAAAUUCACUGGAGGGCUGAUCAUUUUGCCUUCAUCUGUGUAUUUCUGAAAGGCUGAAUUAAGGCCUGUUCACAUAAAGGAUUAUAACAAUAUGAUGAAUACACCACACCAUAUCUAUGAAAAUACAACACACAUGAACAAUUUUACUGGAAUCACCAUAACUUAUUUUUUCCAGCUGACAAAUGAUAAAAUCAUUGGCAGCCAACAAAACCUAUUCUGCCUUAAAGAAAUCAAACAGGUUAAAGGGGCAGACAACAAAACUGCUGCCCACAUUCUUAAAUAAAGAAUUUUAUUGUCUAUUAGUGUUUACAACAUAUACUUGAAGUUACAGAUAUCUUUACAGUUAUCAUUAUUUGUGUGAACAGGCCUUUAAUGUCAAGAAAAGAAUAGGUGGUUUAUAUAUCUGACCCUUGACAUCUCAGGUAGUCAGUCAAGGGUCAGGUGGAUGUCCCCAGUGGUUGUAUCUUGCUGCACUGUGAAUUAUUCCAGCGCUAUAAAACAAACAGUUCUUUUAGAUUCAACUAAAUUUAGUUUUCUUAUUUUCAUACCCGUCUCUCACUCCCUUCGUACCCUUUUUUCUGUCUUCUCACACUCUUCUUGUUACUUUUUUAAAUAGCUUACCUUUCUCAGGGACACUCAUCUUGCUUUACUCUUAGAGUAUGUGUGCACAUUUUGUUUUGUUUUGUUUUGUUUUGUUUUGUUUUGUUUUGGUUUGUUGGCCACUUUCAGCAUAAAUGCUUCAAUAGCAUCAUUUAGAGCUGUGUGUGCUAAAUCCUGGAAUGAAUGGCAAGCUGUGUGUAAUGCUUUGCAUCAGGGCAGAUGUACAUUUGUUUGUAAUUGUAAAUAGGAAUCUCUAGUUUUAUAAAUUUAUGAUGAUGCAGCUAAAGCUGUUGUUACAUGUUUGUCUUCACUGUAAAUAUUGUCAGAGGCCCUUGGUAAAUGAUCAGGUGUCACAUUACCUAAGAAUACUAUACUAAUAUUAUUACAUGUGAAUGUUGAACAGAGAGAACAAUUCUUUUUAUAUAAGCAGAACUAAAUCUUGUUUUACUAACCACACUCAUGGCACUAGGAAUGUCUUCUAGUAGACUAAUUACAGUAUAGAAAUAUCAUUUCACACUAACUGGCUCAAUGACAAUCAAAAUGACAUGCAAGCAUGUGUACUAUAUCUAGUUAAAGCAUUCUUGUGGCUACAUUCUGUGGAAUAUGGAAUUAUGAAUCUGGACAUUAUGAUGAAAAAAAUCGUAAACUUUACAGGUUUAAUCUGUUUUAUGCAUGUACAGGUUUUUCCAAAAUAUUUAUCUAUUUUUGUACACACUGUGGCCAUUUUUAAUUAAAAGCACU